UUACAAUGCCGCGUCAGGUUCAGAGAAAUAUAAAAUAAUAAAAAAAUGGAAAAAAAAGCCAGAGAGACAAAGAAGAACCAUCUUUUUCCUUUUUCCCCCAUCGAUUUCUUCGAUUUCUCUUCUUCCAGCUGCGCUUCCCCAUCACCGUUCUUUCUCCAAUUCUUCCUCUAACCAGAAUUCUUCUCCGAUAAACUUCAAUUUUUUUUUCCUCCGGAGAUCAGUUUCUGCAAUCGUUGGGCUCGAUCAGAUUAAAAGUCGGAACUUGUUCGUCACUGUCCAAAUUGAAUCGUUGUUUCUAGCAACUACGAUUCCGCAUUCACGGCCUCGAUACCUCCGUCAAGCGUUGCAGCCAGCAUUGGAGACGGUGUUGUAUCUUGUAGCAGAAGAAUGAAGCAGUCGCCGGUCGUCGGAGACGAUUACAUCGAUGGAACUCACUCCCACUCCUUUUCUGCUGCCUCUCUCUACUCUUCUUCUUCUCGCAGAGAUGUUUAUUACAGCUGUGGUGCUUGUGGAUAUGAACUGAACUUGAGCUCUUCUAACCGCAAUACAUCGACCAUUGGCUCUAAAUAUGGUAAAUCAAUAAAGCGAGGGAUCAUAUCGUUUCUAAACGUCGAUGAGAGCAGAUUUACACAAGUUGAUGAACUUCAGUGUGUGCCUCAUUUCUCAAAACACUCUUGGGGUCUGUUUCGACGAAGAACCAAACUACUUUGUCGAAAGUGUGGAAACCAUAUUGGAAAUGCUCACACUAGCCGUGCUUCCUCCAUUCCACUUGUUUCAGAUGGAUCAGAUUCAUCCCUGCCCCAUGAAGUCUCUAGGUGUAUGAAAUAUGAAGUAAAAAUUCGUGCUUUACAACCCUCGUCUUCCCACGAUUUUGGUCCCCCAGUUAUUUAAAGAAACCUAACGGUUUAAUGAACGGUCUCCGAGCUAAACGAACUGCUACAGGAUUCUCGAUAUGUAUGUUUACUUGUGUAUAGAAUCGGGUGUGAAAUGGAAGUGUAAUUGAAAGAGUUCACAGUUAUAGUUCCUGCAAGCUGAAGUAUGAUUAAUACGAGUGAAUUGUUUCUAAGCUACUGAA